AUGUCUGCCUGCUGCAGCUGUAACGAUAUUUUCCAGUAUGAGACAAACAAAAUCAUCCGGAUCCAGAGCAUGAAUUAUGGCACCAUUAAGUGGAUCUUCCAUGUGAUCAUCUUUUCUUACAUCAGCUUCGCUUUAAUCAGUGACAAGCGGUACCAACAGAAAGAGCCUCUUAUCAGUUCUGUACACACCAAAGUGAAAGGGACAGCAGAGGUGAAAAUGGAGAUAUUGGAGAAUGGAAUCAAGAAGAUGGUGUCUACUGUCUUUGACACUGCGGAUUACACCUUCCCCUUGCAGGGGAACUCCUUCUUCGUGAUGACAAACUUUCUCAAGACAGAAGGCCAACAGCAGGGGUUCUGUCCUGAGUUUCCCACCCGCAGGACACUCUGUUCCAAUGACUGGGGCUGUAAAAAAGGAUGGAUGGACCCACAAAGCAAGGGGAUCCAGACCGGAAGGUGUAUAGAGUAUAAAGGGAAGCAGAAGACUUGUGAAGUCUCCGCCUGGUGUCCCAUCGAGGCAGUGGAAGAGGCCCCCCGGCCUGCACUCUUGAACGGUGCUGAAAAUUUCACUGUGCUCAUCAAGAAUAACAUUGACUUCCCUGGCCACAACUACACCACGAGAAACAUCUUGCCAGAUAUAAACAUCACUUGUACCUUUCACAAGACUCAGAACCCACAGUGUCCCAUUUUUCGAUUAGGAGAUAUCUUCCAACAAACAGGAGAUAAUUUUUCAGAUGUGGCAAUUCAGGGAGGGAUCAUGGGCAUUGAGAUCCACUGGGACUGCAACUUAGACAGUUGGUUCCAUCAUUGCCGUCCAAAAUACAGUUUCCGCCGCCUUGAUGACAAGAACACCACCACUGAGUCCUUGUACCCUGGAUACAACUUCAGAUACGCCAAGUACUAUAAGGAAAACAACGUUGAAAAACGGACUCUGAUAAAAGUCUUUGGGAUCCGUUUUGACAUCCUGGUUUUUGGCACCGGAGGAAAAUUUGACAUUAUCCAGUUGGUCGUGUACAUUGGCUCAACCCUCUCCUACUUUGGUUUGGCCACUCUGUUCAUUGACUUUCUCAUCAACACUUACUCAAGUAAAUGCUGUCGAUCCCACAUUUAUCCCUGUUUCAAGUGCUGUGAAUACUGUGCAGUCAAUGAAUACUACUACAAGAAGAAGUGUGAGACCAUUGUGGAGCCAAAGCCGACAUUAAAAUAUGUGUCCUUUGUGGAUGAAGCCCACAUUAGGAUGGUGGACCAACAGCUGCUUCGGAGACGUCUACAAGAUGUCGAAGGUGAAGAAGUCCCAAGACCCUCAAUGGAAUUCACAGACUUGUCCAGGCUGUCCCUGUCUCUCCAUGACCUGUCCCCUAUUCCUGGACAAUCAGAGGAGAUGCAGCUGUUAAGUGAAGAAGUGACCCCUAGAUCCAGCAACAGCCCAGACUGGUGCCAGUGUGGACACUGCCUCCCAUCCCAGCUCCCCGAGAGCCAGCGAUGCCUGGAAGAGCUGUGCUGUCGGAAAAAGGCUGGUGCCUGCAUUACCACCUCAGAGCCGUUCAGGAAGCUCAUCUUGUCCCGACAGGUCCUGCAGUUCCUCCUGCUCUACCAGGAGCCCUUGCUGGUGCUGGAUGAAAACUCCAACAGCCGGCUGCGGCACUGUGCCUACAGGUGCUACACCACCUGGCGCUUUGGCUCCCAGGACCUAGCCGACUUUGCCAUCCUGCCCAGCUGCUGCCGCUGGAGGAUCCGGAGAGAAUUUCCCAAGAGUGAAGGCCAGUACAGUGGCUUCAGGAGUCCUUACUGA